GUAGAGGAAAGAGCUGAAAUUCGUGACACACAAGAAACCACUUUCACUUGAAACGACUUCCACGUUAAAGAAAAAACCUGUUUAAAUCUCCUUUUACUAUCAACUAAACGCAGUAAAGUUUGAUUUAAAAUGGCUAAAUUAAUAUUUUUGGUAUUAAUUUUCGGUUCAUUCUCUUCAAUAAGCUGCGAUAUCUCCGAAUUAUUACCACCUUUAAAAGAGAGUGAAGCCCCAAAAACACCCUACGCGUUCGGUUACGCCGCUGGGCGUUAUCCAGGUCAUAUUGACAGAACUCAUUCCGAAAUUAGUGAUGGUAACACGGUACAAGGUUCGUUUUCCUAUGUUGACCCAAACUACAAAAUACGCACGGUUAAUUAUGUCGCUGAUGAACACGGCUUUCAUCCCAACUCCAAUUUCGCGGGUGCUGAAGACACCCAAGCUGUGGCUUACGCCAAACAAAAACAUUUACAAGAUUUUAAUAACAUAGCGUACGCCCAUCAAACUGGGAAUGUCCCGAUUCCGGGGCAAACCCAAGCUUAUUUAAACGUUGCCCAAAAACACAACGAUCUUUAUCAAAAGAUUGCGGAGGAACAUGCUCGAAUCGCCGCCGAGCGACAAUCUGAAGUUGCCACUAAUAAUUAUAAGUUUUAACUUAACGGGUUUAUUAUGUAACGAUGUAUAAAUUAAAAAAGGAUUUUUAUUUAAUCCUAAUGAUCGAAUAA